UAAAUAUUGAAACAAAACAUUAAUCAAACAUAAUACGGUUCUAACUCUAGAAUGAAUCAUUACUGUUUAUCUGUGUUCUUAGUUGCGCUUGCAGUAGUAGGUGUAGUACUAAGCGCCCCAGAGAAGUCGUUUGAGGAAAACUUGACAAUUUUCAGGAAAGUUAAUGUGGAUGAUGUGCUCAAGAGCGAUCGCCUUGUCAAAAAUUAUGUUGACUGCAUGAUUGGUUCAAAAAGUUGCACCGCCGAAGGAGCUGCUUUGAAAGCAAUCUGGAGAAAAAUUCUUGAUGAUCCCUGUAAAGAAACGUGUUCCCAAGAAGAUAAACGAAAAGUACAAAAAUGCAUAAAGCAUCUCUAUGUAAACCACCGCAAUUGGUACGACGAGUUGGAGACAACAUUGAUUAACGACGAGGAAUACCAGAAGAGAUAUAAAACCUAUCUUGACGCUAUUCUUAAAGAUGAUACUUUGUAAACAAAUAUUAGUAAUUUUAUGAACAUUUCAAUAUAAUUUAAAUUGUGGAGAAUAAUUAUUAAGAUUAAAGUUAAGAAUAUAAACUUGAAAA